AGUAUGUACAGCAAUGUGAUACCUAGCUCGAGCUCGGAUCUGGCUGUGGUGGACGGAAAGUUAUCACGUAUUGAGUGUACCUUGCUGUGUGGAUACGAAAUGGCCUGCCAAACCUUCUUCUACAAACCUAAUGACAGAAGCUGCUCUAUCUACAAAUAUCCAUUGCUUAAUAAUACACCCGUUAAUAUCGAAUCAGGUGUAGAAGUAUUCGAGAUAAAAGGUUGCCCUUACCCCGACUUCGUCUUAUUCAGAGAGGCAGGUAUAUGUCUAAAGAUGUUUACAACAACAGGUCUUACAUUCUCAUACGCAACUUCAGUCUGUGAUCAAGAGGGCGGGGAACUGGUCUCCCUGGAUACCAACCAAAAAAUUGAUGCUAUAGCAUAUUAUCUCAUUUAUACUUAUGGGUUUGACUCUAAGGCAGCUAUUGGACUUCACAGAUCAUUGGGUUCAUGGAAAUGGCAAAAUGGAGAGCCUCUGUCGAUCACACAUCCCCUAGUAUCCAACGCUAUUAAUAAUGUUGAUCUGACGGUGUAUCCCUGUAAUUUUGAUUAUUGUGGUAUAUUUAAAGCCGUUUCCUUUGCCGAUUUUCGAAUAUUUGAUAAUUGUUGUAACAAUCUUUUAUCAACAUUUGUUUGUUCUACAGUAAUGUUAAUGUAA